UCGUUUCCAGGAAGGACGGUGGAAAAAACCUUUCGGCUCUGACAAAGAGUCUUCGUCUUUCUCUCGACAUUUUGCUCCUCAUUUCCAAGAAGAAACAAACAGGGAUCGGUUUCGUGUUCAUUUCCCCAUCCUUUCUUCGAAGGAGGAUGCAGUUGCAUCUAUAUAUCUCCAGGCCUUGAUCUACUCCGAUCCACUCAUUCUUUCUCAAUACAUAUCCAUCGCUUGGGCUCUGUUUUUCAAUCCCAUCCUUGCAUUUAUGGCUUCUACAUCCUCAUCUCACCAACAAAAUGCCUUCUCUGGAAUUGAACCUCCCAACAAAAGGAGAAAAAUAGAAGAAUCUUCCAGAGUGUAUGAUGUGUUCAUCAAUCAUAGAGGCCCCGAGGUCAAGCAAACUCUUGCUAUUCAGCUCUACAACUUACUUAAGGAGGUCGAUAUAAAGGCAUUUCUUGAUUCCGAAGAGAAGGAGCAUGGAGUUUCAUUUAUUUCCACCAUUGAGAGCGCGAUUAGAUCUGCUUCAGUGCAUAUCGCUAUUUUUUCACCAAAGUAUGCGGAGUCAGAUUGGUGUCUGCGUGAGCUGGUUCUUAUGUCACAAAGUAAUGCCAAGAUUAUUCCUGUGUUUUACCAAGUGGAGCCGUGGGAACUCCGCUUCAUCGAAAAGGGAGUAUAUGCUGAGGCAUUUCGUCAAUAUGAAGAGAAGGGCAGGUAUCGGGACAAGUUGGAGGAGUGGAAGGAAGCCCUUAAUCAAGUUUCAUACACCGCAGGCGACGUAUUCAAAGAGUCAGAUUCUUUUGAUUGCAAAGGCAUAGUGUCCGCUGUGGAAAAAGAAGUACAAAGCUCAAAGCGUUUACAUGUUGCCAAAUAUCCAGUCGGACUUCAUAAUCUCGUAACAGAAUUUGAAAGGCGGUGCCUUGGUGACCUUGUUCAAGAUUUUGAAAGCCAGUGUAUAAUGAAGAAAGGAGCAAAGGGGAAAGCCAAUGUCGUAGGCAUUUUUGGUAUGGGUGGGAUUGGGAAGACAACUCUCUCCAAAGAGUUGUUCAACCAAAAGAGAUCAAAAUACACAAGAGCAAGUUUUCUGUUUGACGUACGUGAAGCCUGUGUCACUGGUAAAUUACCUUCACUGCAGAGUAAACUCCUCAAAGAUAUAUUCGGUGAAGAUCAAAUUUUUCAAAGUAGUGAGGAGGGGACAAGCUGUCUGAGGGAUCGUCUGGAAAGGAGCAGCUCUUUGAGUUUCCUGAUUGUUUUAGAUGACAUUGAUCAUGUAAAACAAUUAGAUGACCUAUUAGUCAUCGAUAUAUUAAUCAAGUCUGUUAAUAAUUUGGUAAUUAUUACAACCAAAAAUGUAGGGGUUCUUGUCAGUGCAGGAAUUGACACAGGUUAUCAUUUAAAAGGAUUGAACAGAGAAGAUGGGAGAGAGCUGUUUUGUUGGCACGCUUUCGACCAACCCCUUCCACUUGGCGGAUACGAGGAUCUAGUCCAGCACUUCGUUAAAGUGUGUGGAGGCCUACCUCUGUCUCUUGUAGUUCUGGGCCGGCAUCUUUCUCAUAGACCCCAGUGGUAUUGGCAGGAUGAAUUGGAAAAAGUCAAGGAGACUCUUCCGGGAGAUAUAAAGCAGAGAUUAAAGAUGAGCAUUGAUACAUUAGAUAACGUAGAAAAACAGAUUUUCAUGGAUGUAGCUUGUUUUUUUAUUGGAAAAUCUAUCACCAAGGCCAUGCUCAUAUGGAAAGUAUCUGGAUGGAGAGCUCGCCGUGCUUUGCAAAUACUAAAAGAGAAAUGUCUGGUUGAGGAAAUCAAAGAGGUGUAUCUGAAUAUGCUAGAAUAUAAGUGGGAAUCUACCGUAGAGGGGUCUGCUUUGAGAAUGCAUGACCACCUUCGGGACUUGGGAAGAGAAAUGGCAGAUGAACUGAGCUAUCCUCAUCGUGUGUGGCGCCCCCAAGAUCUUAAAUCUUUGGAAUUAAAGGGAUUCCAAAAUAUCCUCACACAGACCAAGAGCAGGUGUUUCCAUUCCAUUGUGGACAAAUCUAUGGGUUGUGGAAUUACAUACUUUCUAGGGGAACCGGAAAAUGGUUCUGAUGCUUCUCUGCUAUGGCUUCAGCUUGAGUACCUGAGUUGCUGUCCACUUGACCUGAAUUCAGAUAUAAACUCAAGCAUUCCUUCAUGGAUUCCUCUUCAGAACUUGCAGUGUUUAAGAAUCAGCAAUGGGUGUUUCAAAAGAUUGUGGCAAAGCGAUGUGCAGGAACCUUUCAAUUUAGAAGAGCUUCAGAUUCAUGAUACCUUUGUGGAAAAUUUUUCAAAUUUGCUAGGAAAAUUAAAUAACAUGAAAAAGUUAGUUUUAAAUGCUAACGACAUCCAAACGGAUAUUUGGUCUUCAUUAGAGUUCCUCAGAAUGAAUCUCAGUAAUUCAAGGAUUGUGGACUCUCACUUAGAAGGGCACCUGGCUUACAAUGUACAGAAGAUUACGCUGCCAACAACACUCAAUGAGUUAAAUGUACAAAGUUGCAGAGGUUUCCAAAGAAUAGCGGGAAUCACUGAUCUUACAGAGCUUGGACGGGUGCUAAUUAAACAGUGCCCUGAGCUUGAGGAGUUGCCAAGUUUUGGCAGAGUGAGUAAUCUGGUGAAAAUUGAGAUUGACUCUUGUGAUAAGCUACAGAAGAUUAUGUUGCCAACAACACUCAGUGACUUGGAUGUACAAAGUUGCAGAGGUUUGCAAAGAAUAGCGGGAAUCGCUGAUCUUAUGGAGCUUCGGCGGGUGUUUAUUAAACAGUGCCCUGAGCUUGAGGAGUUACCAAAUUUUGGCAGAGUAAGUAACCUGGAGGAAAUUCAGAUUGACUCUUGUGAUAAGCUACAGAAGAUUACGCUGCCAACAACACUCAAUGAGUUAAAUGUACAAAGUUGCAGAGGUUUCCAAAGAAUAGCGGGAAUCACUGAUCUUACAGAUCUUGGACGGUUGCUUAUUAAACAGUGCCCUGAGCUUGAGGAGUUACCAAAUUUUGGCAGAGUAAGUAACCUGGAGGAAAUUGAGAUUGACUCUUGUGAUAAGCUACAGAAGAUUAUGUUGCCAACAACACUCAGUGACUUGGAUGUACAAAGUUGCAGAGGUUUGCAAAGAAUAGCGGGAAUCGCUGAUCUUAUGGAGCUUCGGCAGGUGUUUAUUAAACAGUGCCCUGAGCUUGAGGAGUUGCCAAGUUUUGGCAAAGAGAGUCAGCUGCACACAAUUGAGAUUGACUCUUGUGAUAAGCUACAGAAGAUUACGCUGCCAACAACACUCAUUUCGCUGCAGGUAGCCAGAUGCAGAGAUUUGCAAAGAAUAACAGGAAUCGCUGAUCUUAAAGAGUUGGACAUUUCUGAGUGUCCUAAGCUUGAUUUGGCUUGUCUCUCCACACCGAGCUGCUUAGGGGAAAUUGCCAUUGACUCUUGUGAGAAUAUACAGAACAUAUCUGCUAUUGAAGAGUUGCAUGUACCAGAAUAUGUGAGACUGUCUUAUUGCAGCAAUGCUGUAAUACGGAAUUUCAUUCAUAAGUGGAAGAGUGCGCCAGUGUAUACGUGUGUGAUUGGAAAAGCAGUGGAUGGAGCGGAGUCAUCUUUAAAUGAGCCUCUGUUUUCCGACGCUAACAUUGGCGUCGAUGGAGUCAUUCAAAUUUGUGCUGACCAAGUCCCUCCCGACUGGUCAGAAUGGUGUGCAGAAGUUAAUGUUGUAUGCCUUGUGGUUGUGAUUGAUAGCUCCACUUUGGCAGAGGAUAUAAAUAAAUCUAUUGCCAGCUAUGGCGGUGGUCACUAUCCGUACAAGAUGCGUCAAGGAAAAUCCAUAAUUACAAUCGUAGGUCGUGGUUUUUUGUACCGCCGUGUAAUGUGGAGGUGUUCAGAUAUAAUAAAGUUCAAUGGAAGAAUACUGAAGAAGGGUGUUCGGAUAGGUUUGAAAGAAGGCGGAGAGUGGGAAAGUCUGGGUGUGUUACGCACCAUUGUUGAUAGGCUAUAUGAAUAUGAUCACAAAUGAAAUGUAAGAAGGUGAUUUUCUUUUUACAUAAUUAAUGUUUUUAAAUAUUCAAAGAUAUAUUUAUUUGUAAUUGAUUAUGUAAAGUAUUAUUUUGAAUAUUAAAUUUAAGAAUUUUUCAAUUUA